AUGACCGUUAAAUCUAUUGCCUCAACAAACGUUAUUAUAUGUUCCAAAAAUAUUGCAGCUACUAUCCUUUACUCUACUAGUUCCGGUAAGAUUAUUGAAAUUUUUGAAAAUAUCGUUAUUAGUUCUAUAACGGAUCCCAGGUUAACGAACUAUGGCGUUUCAGAACACACUACUGUAUCUCCUAUGGUUAUUUUGCCAGGCUUGGUUGAUUCACAUGUUCAUUUAAAUGAACCUGGAAGGACAGAAUGGGAAGGUUUUGCCACCGGUACCCAAGCUGCAAUAUGCGGUGGUGUGACGACUAUAAUUGAUAUGCCCUUAAAUGCUGUACCACCAACAACGACAGUUGAGAAUUUAAAUAUUAAAUUAAAUGCUGCCCAUAAUCAACUAUGGUGCGAUGUUGGAUUUUGGGGUGGCCUGGUUCCAGAUAAUUUGCACGAUUUAAUACCACUUGUAAAUGCUGGUGUACGAGGGUUUAAAGGUUUUUUGAUUCAUUCCGGUGUAGAUGAAUUUCCUUCGAUAGAUGAAAAUUAUAUUAUGGAAGCGAUGGAUAUCUUGGGGAAUGAAAAAACCAUGAUGAUGUUUCACGCUGAAAUGGAAAAUAAUGAUUCAAAAGAACCUAAAGAAUUUAUUGAGAAACAACUGGAACACAAUAAUCAGAACAGCUCGUCUGCACUAUGUCAGAACUCCAGUAAGGGACCCACCAGUGAAUAUGAUCCCUUUGCAUAUUCAUCUUUCUUAAAAUCUCGUCCUGACUCCUUCGAGACGGAUGCGAUUAAUUUAAUUAUUAAAUGUAUGAAAAUGGUGAUGGAGCAAAAGGAAAAGGAAAUCCCUGCGGUCCAUAUUGUCCAUUUGGCAUCGCAACAUGCAAUAUCCCUUAUAAAUGAAGCUCACAACCGUGGACUCCCACUGACUGCUGAAACCUGCUUCCAUUAUUUAUGUAUUGCGUCCGAGACAAUAGCAGAUCGAGCUACAUAUUUAAAAUGUUGUCCACCAAUUAGAGAGGAAUCUAAUCGUGUCGCAUUGUGGAAUGCUCUUCGUGCUGGCACCAUCACUUCUGUUGUAAGUGAUCAUUCUCCUUGUACACCAGAAUUGAAGCUAUUGGAGAAGGGAGAUUUUUUCCAAGCUUGGGGUGGUAUUUCAUCGGUGGGGUUAGGCUUAUCAUUAUUGUACACAAACGGAGCUUCUCUUGUUGAAAUUGUUAAAUGGUGCUGUGAAAAUACAUCGAAACAAGUCGGUUUACAAGAUUCUAAAGGACGAAUUGCGGUUGGCUAUGAUGCUGAUCUUGUUAUUUUUGAUCCAAGUCCAACAGCAGUCAUUACUAAUGAAAAUACCUUUUACAAGAACAAACUUACUGCCUAUAAUGGCUAUGUCUCAAAAGGUUCGGUAGUUUCUGUCCUUUUACGUGGAAACACAGUUUUUACCCUUGAAAACGGUUUAGAUAAGAUUCCAAGAGGCAAAGCAAUUACUGAAAAGAGAAAUAUCUCAUAA